UGCAACGAGUAUAGGAAAUAUCGAAUGGCCUAAAACAUCAGCCGCGGGAGAUCGAUGAUUUUGAAGGAUGUCAGACUAUGACACGUGUAGCUAGGGUUCUGCUCAUGCGCAGUCGUUCCAGCCCCGCCCCCUUCUCUGUAUGAGAAUGAAAUGACAUCAAAAUCCCACGCGAUAAUUUGCUGAAUAUUUCAAGACGUUUGGUUGGCGAAAUUGCGAGGACAUCACGGCAUACGUCGUUUAAUUCUUUUUUUUUCAUUACCACUGGGCAGUUAAUGGAUCAGUCCACUGGACUAAAGCACGAAGAAGGAAAAGCCAGUUGGAAACACGCUUUGAACUUUAGAACCAAACACGCAAAAUAAAAAAAAAAUAGAAGAAAAAUAACAAGAGGCUAUUCCGAGAAAGGGUCGCUCACUCACUCACACGAAACCCAAUUUGAUUGAUGGCCCCCAUGCUAGAAGGCGGUGCAUUCACACACACACACACACAGGCUGAGAAUACUUUUAAAAUCGUUUCUCUCUCUCUCUCUCUCCCUAAGGAGAAACGAAUUACCGAAGGGAGGACGAAGUAACCAAGUGGUAACUACAACAAGGCGAACCUUAACCCCACGUGUCUUGGGUUAGACUUCCAGUUAGCUUCCAGUCACCCUUCCAGGUGGCCCAGUCACAGAAUUCCUUCGUGUUGACUGGAGAGGCGAGUGGUUCCACUGUUCCGGAAGAGUCCAAAUUCAAUCAACGGAUCCCGUUGCUUUCAGCUUUGAUAUCUGUGACUUACUUUUAUCGGCAACGAUAAAAUAUAAUUUAAGGUAUUCGGUAGCAUGAGAGAAUAACGUGUUGUAAUUACGGUAUACACAUAUUCGUUUUGCGUCUUUUAGAUGAUUAAUGUUAACUGGUUAAGAUCAUAUCAAUCUAAACAAAGCUAAUAUUAAUAAAACUUGAAAAGAAAAUGAAGUACGACGUUGAUAUGAGUAAUAUUUUGAAAUAAAUUUGAAGAGUGUUGAAAUAAAGUUGAUUAAAGUCGAAAUGAAAAUAUGAAAAAUUUGAAAAAAAUAAUGAAAAAGUGCUAACUCGCCCGCGAUAAAGAAAAAAAAAGACAGAAGCAGUUUUCCCCUUCUUCUUCAUCAAGAAAAACCACCUUGAAUAAUUGUUUUUCCUCCUUGAUUCCUCGCCCACUCAACAAUCAUGAAUGAACUAAUGCGGCAUGAGCUCUUCCGGUCUCAAACUGCGUGACCCUAGGGAGCUGUUGGCAAAUCCUGACCAUCAUCAGGCUGAAGCAAGUGUUCAUCCUGACCCCUUCGGUUCCUCGCAGAGCCAAGAACUUGGUUUUUCUUCAAAGGAAUUUUCAACGGCAGAAACAGCAAACUCGAUGUCGCCCUCAUUGGCCAUGGCCAAUGCCAACUCCCCACCUUCAAACCAGAGUGAGAUUUUGAGCACAGAUGCUCUUCCAACACAGAACUCGAGUCGUGACAUCGAGCCCAUUCCAAAGAAAAGGAGACUUUUAGAGGCAAGCGAAGUUCCUCACGAACUCAAGGAAUCUGAAAAACAGCCUAGCAGUUCUGACGACAUACUAGCUCGGGCUUGCUCUGCCGUAGGCAUCGGAGGAGAUAUAUCAGAGAGCGUAGUUGAAGAGCCUCAGCCUAAUCACCAGGAACAUAAUGGAGAGAUGCAAAGAGUGGCUCCUAAUUACCCCUACAGCAGAGGAGUUAGGCUCCCCCAUCAAGGCAUUCCUCUGUCGCCUACUUUGAGGCAUGCGGAAGAUUUAAGACUCCGUCAUCCCUUUCAUCCUGCAUUUCGACCCCCCAGUGAAAGCACUUAUGGAAUGGAAAUCAGGCCGUUUUAUAAUCAUGGAUAUCCAGUUCCAGCUAGAAUGCCUAUACACCCAAAUGAAGCCCACCGGUAUUAUGCAGUGCCACGCUACCCAAACAGAUAUCCCUAUGUUGGUCCCCCUGGUUCUACUCCAGCUUCCUUAACCAGGACACCUGUCAUAAGACCUGCACAACCAAAUGCCCCUCAUGAACGUCACCCUUCCAUACCUCACGCCUCCCAAGGUUACCCGUACGAUCCUCACCAAAUACCACGGCCAGCAAUACAUCAUGCUCCACCCACUGUACCUCAAAUGCACCUUGAGCAUAGGGUGGAGCCUUCUGAAAUUCGUCACAUCCAUCCUGCUACAUCUGAAAUAAGGCCAGUACAACAGAGUCAUCCUGAGAUUGCAUACAGAAUACCAACCCAACAUACUUUACCUGUUGGAACAGCUCCGUCAGAACAACGAUCACCUACUUCUAUAAAGCACCCAUAUCCAGGACCAGGUAUUCCAAUCCCUAUUCGGCCAAAACUACUUGGUAAUCCACAAGGUCACUUACAAGAUCCGAGGUCACCACAUGCAAGAGUCAGUGAGGGUUAUGCUGGUGGAGUCAUACAUGGAAAUCAUGCAGGAGUAGGCUCUCCACAUCCUAAAAGCCCAAAUGAAUUAUCUUGUGAAAAUCCUUUCCAAAUACCUGAGCCACAAGACAUUAAAAAUAAGGUGCAUACCUCUACACACUCUAGUACAGUCCCUUCUCAUGAUGUAUCAACUGUGAAAUUUGCAAGUUCGCUAAAUGAAAUUAAACCUCAACUCUCUUUUGUAUCACAAAAAGGAAAUAUGACAGAGCAAACAGAGGUUGAAAUUACACACGAUAAAGCUACAACAAGAAGGCCUAGGCAACCACCAGAGCCUUGUGUAGAGCUAAUUCCUAUACCGGCACCUUCACAAGAAAAAUAUGGCAAAAGUAAGCUUAAUGAGAAAAAUCAGCUGUUAUCACCUGUUAAUAGUCCCCUAGGUGUUGAAUUGAAACGGUUUCAUGCUCUAAAUCCUUCACAUCAAAGUCAACCAAGUAUGGAAAACCUAACAUCAGUAGGUUCACCCAAAACUUAUGAUGAGUCCCAGCAACAGACAAAAAAUGCAGAAAACAAAUUUGCAAACACGAGAGAAAGUGGAUCUAAUAUGGAGUCAAGGGUAAAUGAAGAGAAGGAAGAAUCUUCUAACAAGGACCCUAAGAAGUCUUUUAGAAAACGAUGGUUAGACAAACAAGAACGCCAUUCAUCAAAACGAUCUGCUGAACAGGAUGUAAAAACUACAGAACGACCCAAAUCAGAAGCAGCUGCAAAAAAAGAAGACACAGUUAUUGUGCUUGAUGAUGAUGACGAGAACGUGACUAUGGAAAGUAAUAAGCUACCUAAGUCUUUAAGUGCCAGCAGUAAAGGCUUAGUUGGCCCGGGACAACUUCACUGUCUCCACAGUUCAGUAUAUUUAAACAAUAUGAGAUCAGCUUCUGAACCUCCUAUUGGAACUUCUAUAACCUCCAAAAAUAAUAGUCCAUUGGGUAAUAGGCCAGCCUCUGUGCCUUGUUCUGCUCAACAGCUACAGAAUGUGAGGACUCUAUAUGAAUCUCAGAAUAAAGUGAACAUUGCAGAUUUUGAUAGAAAUGCUAAAGAAAAAGAUAACGAUGAUGAAUUUGUUAAUCGUCUAAAACUAGUGCUGAAUGACCUUAUAUCGGUCCCUGUACCUGAAGUCACAAAGCUGCAAGGCCUCACAUGCCCCAUUGAUGAAUUACUAGCUUCUUUGGUGAAACGUCGUGGUGCACUACCUUCUGAGGAUCCUAAUCCUAAGGAGCGACUGAGAAAAGACUUCUUGGUCUUGGUCAAACUCUGUAUGCCAAAGAAUUUAUUAGAGGACUGGGGUUGGAACAAUUCUUCACCAGAAGAAAUACUAGAUGAACUUAUCAAAGUCACAAAUAAUGGUAUGGAUGGUUCUAAAGGAAAUGCAAGAUUAAAUCUGGCGAGAGAGCAUAAUCCUGCACCCCCUACAUCUUCUCAUACUCAGGAUAACAAUCUUGACACAGCCCCCAUGAAUCAUGCGACUUCUUCUUCUCCAUGUCCUAUUGUGUCACUGUCACCUGUCUAUCAAAAUUCUUCCCCAGUCCCUGAAAUCCCAGUCUCAUCUCAGCAUUUAGAACCCUCUAAUCAAGGUCCACCCAAUCAAUCUUCACUACAGAGAGCUGGGGCCCCUCAACCUGCCAGUCAAAUUUUGAUCCAAUACCCUACUUUGCCCCCUCAGCAUCAUUCAGUCGCUCAUUCUCCUAAACAACCAUCUGUCUCCCUUCAUCCUGUCCCUGCUACACAUCACCCUCCUAUUAUGUCCCCUCAGCAACCCACAGCAUCACCUGUGUAUCACCAUUCUUCAUCUAGUUCCCAGCAACCAAGUCAAUGGCCUUCACAAAGACACUCUGUGCCUCCUAUAUCCCGACCAACAACAACUCUGUCCACCAACAGUGAACCAUCUUUCGUUCCACCAGAAGAUAACCUGGAGGAUGAGGUGUUUACACCCACCAACAGAACUCCACAUCCGCUCCCUUAUUCACGUCCUCAAGUGCCAGUGCAUCCUGCAAAACCAGUCCACGAAAGUAUCUCCCAAAAUAUCAAGCCAACACAAGAGCAUGCCGGUUACGCAUCAGCAGCUCCAGUACAAAUGCCCUCGCAAAACUCUUCCCACCCUCACAAUAUUCCCAUUACUGUUUUACACUAUUCACAAGUACCCCAGCCACCCACGAAUGUACCAUACGGUCAACAUUCCUCACACCCAUAUACUACUCCAGGAAGCAAUCACACUAUCCAUAACCCUCCACAUUACCCGAGAGGACCCUAUCCUCGACCUUAUCCAUAUGCCUACUAUCACCCAAACAAUCCUCAUUAUCCUCGUCCUGCAUACCGCCAUGCCAGCAUCCUUCAUGGCUUACCAAACACCCCUCCACGCCACCCCUAUAGUCCCAGGAGUCCGCACAGAAGCCCGAACACCCACACUGCAAUACGACUAGUCGCUCAGCCUCCUGCCCCUCUUUCGCCUAGUCACUGGAGUGGUCUGGAAGAAGAGAGAAUCGUCACCUCAGCUGCUAUCAAACCUCCGGCCUGAGUCGUCUCAUGUGCACUGGACAACUAAUUUACAUAAUUCGUGGUACUACUGUCGAUGAAAACUACGCAGAAGGGAAGUGACGUUUUCCCUGUGGCUGAAACUUCGGUCUUAGCAACUGAAAACCAACCGUGAUAGUACUACAGGGUGGAUGGAGGUUUGGUUACCAACACAAGAUCUCCUUGGAUGAGUGAAUAUACGAGACCAAGAGACCUUUUCUAUUUCUUUAAGAAAAAUGUGAAACGCUUAGUUACGUGUAGUUAUUCAACGAAAAUAUGACCAAGUGCAGCAUUCAUUAGGGGAUAAUGAAUGAUUAUAAGCCUAGAACAGUAUUCAAUGUGGCGUUUCAACGGCCAAGCCCGGUCAUGAAGGAACGGGCGGUGGUUCGCGAACGUUCCACGGUUACUUCGUUAUCAUUCUCGGGAACGAAAAAGAAGAAAAAAGUCGUCAAGAGGCAGUGGUGGAGUAACCUUUGAAUGUGAUAUAUUUAUAUGUCAGGGGCUGAAUGUAACCUUUUUGAGACAAUAGCCAUCAGCCGAGUGACUGGAUCACUGAUGAAGCUUGGUUUAUAAUUGAUCGCGACUCAAAAAAGGUCCGAGUUCACUUAGAGAAUGAGGCUUCGCGCGGUUUUGAAUUAAUCUGGCUUUCUGAGAAAACAAUAUUACAUUACGUAUGGAAGUGACUCGGUUAGUAAUUUCUCAAGCUUUCUCCUGUGCGAGAGAGAGAGUGCAAGGCUGAAUAAAAAUUUGCUCUUCUUCUUUUGGCACAAGAAUUUUGUUCAAUUGUAUUGUGCGCGGUUGCUAAAAUGUUAAAGUUUUAAUACAAUGAAAACUGUCCAUAAAUAUCCAUUGGGUAUCUGCUUCAAUUAACAUUAGCACAUACAUCUUAAAAGUAAAACUCCAUGAAAUAACUAUUGAUGUCUACUUAAAACGCGCGUCAGGACUGCAAAAGACUUGCAAUAAAUAUCGAUUACGAUGUAUACUAGACAAAAUGAGAGAAAACCAACUUUUUGGAACUGAGUAAAGAACUGACUCUCUCUCUCUCUGACGCACUUCCAAAAUUCGAAACGGAUUCUCCUCCGUCCCCAAGAAGUUAUGAUAAGCUUGGCCGAUUGUAAUAUCAACAUACUUGAAGCCUAAUUGAUAAUCUACUGAAAAUAUAUAGGAACACACAACAUUUUACUGUUAAAAUCAGCUAGUGUUGAAACGGGUCUUGUCUAUCUUUCUAUCUAUCUAUCUGUCUAUCUAUCUGUGUGUGUAUAUAUAUAUAUAUAUAUAUAUGAUAUAUAUAUAUAUAUAUAUAUAUAUAUAUAUAUACCCUGGAGACAAUCUAAGGUCACAGAAGUAAAUACUGAAUGCUGUCACUAAUGUUGUGUUGUUCAAACUAUGCUACCUCUGUGUAAAUACCUUCAUGGAAUUGUUGCUACGAAUUGUAAAUUUUAAAAGUUCAUGAUAAA